AUGUACAAGUCCUUGAAGAACUGGAAAGAAGCCAUAGAAAAAGAAAUUGAUGAACUUAAGCAAGAGCUUACCAAUCAAAAGGAUGAAAUAAAAAGUUUGCACAAGAAGAGUAUCGGACAAGACCGCCUGAUAUCCAGACUACUGCGGCGUACGAAGGCACGUGCUGGGUCGUCUGCUCCAGCCUCUGAAGACAACGUGGAAGAGGUUCAGAAGAUAUCUGUUCAAAGUAAUGUGAACAGAAUUAAGCGAUCCAUGAAUAAGGCGACGGUUGCGUUCACAGCUGGUCUAACACACAUUUUUGACCAUGCCGGCGUUCGACAAAACAUAGUAUUCGAUCACGUGGAGACUAACCUUGGAAACGGCUACAAUCCUCAUCAUGGCGUGUUCACUGCACCAGUUUCAGGACUAUAUGUAUUUUAUUCAUCCAUUCUGGCCGAUAUGGAUCGAGAAGUUUGGUGCCGAAUAGUCGUGAAUGGGAAUAAUAAAGCGUCAGUGAAUGCACGUGGGACAAAUGGUCGGUAUGAUCAAGGAAGCCAGGCGAUAGAUGUUCAGCUUCAACAAGGAGAUGAUGUCUCUGUGCAAAACGCAGCGGCUGAUGAUUCCAUUUACGGGGACGCGAAAAUUUACUCAACGUUUUCCGGAUUUCUUCUACAGCAAGACGUUUCUUAA